CCAGUUUCUAUGAAGCUGCUCUCCCUCUCCCUCUCCUCCCUCCUCCUCCUCCUCCUCAUUUCCUCCUCAAGCUCGGCUCCAGCACCCAAGACGUGUUCUACUGGUGUUGAGGAGGAGGCUGGCGACCAGCCGGUGGAUGGAGCUCACAAUGCCAGACUUGGCUUUGAGUUCAUGAAGCAUGCUUCGCAAGACCCUUCCCUGAUGGCCGAUGCCAUGAAGGACAUGCAGGACCCUGAGACGAUGCAGAAAGUGCAGGAGAUGAUGCAAGAUCCCAACUUCCGCGCGGAAGUGGAGAGGAUGAAGGCUCAGAUGAUGAAGGACCCAUCGAUGCGCAGGCACAUGGAGAUGAUGAAGAACAACCCCGAGUACAUGCAGCAGAUGGGAGAGAGGGCGAUGAACAAGAUGAAGCAAGCCGGCAUCGAUCCCAAUAGCAUGGGCGGUAUGGGAGGAAUGGGAGGAAUGGGCGGCAUGGGCGGCGGUAGGACUGGCAAUCGUUUUGCUUGAAGUGCCUCCGUGUACAAUAAAGAAGAAGAAGCGAG